UUAUACAACCCUGUAACUGUCACACUACUACACGAAGCAAAUAACAAAAGAAAAGUAUCGAAAAUGAAAAACUAAGAAAAAUAGAAAAAAAUAAUCAUUGAAAGAAUACAAAAAUAAAAAUAUGUAUUAAUUAUAUGUUUUUCAAUAUUCACAUUUCCAAAAUAAAUUCUUUUGAUCAACUAAAAAACAAAUCUCAAUAAACAGUGUAAAUUGUAAAGAAGAAAAACAAAUGCGCAUAUAAAGAGCACCAAUAGUUUGUAAAAAUUCUACAAAAUUUAGAAUCUUUUUCCUGUACACAUAUUUCAAGGACGCCAACUGAAACACUAAAAUCAUCAACAAGAUUAGAAACAAUCCGCAUAAAUCAAGAACAAAAUAUUGAAGAAUAUUAAAAUUAGGUUUCAAUAAAUUGCCAAUUUUGUCAUGGCUACCGAGGAUGAGUUGCCCGAAGAACUAGAUAAACUGGAAAUUACACCAAUAUUGCCACAAGUUAAAUUAUUAGAUAGUAAUUUGCCAGUUCAGUUGAAUCCCUUUUUCGAGAACGAUCUCAAAGAUACAGGCCCAGAGAGUAAAGUCCAGCAAAAUGUAAUAUUUCAACAAUCGCAAUCUUCAAGCGUCACUCGAACAUCCACCCUUAACUGUCGACGAUGUCGCUAUCGCCGUGCUUCGGAAAGUGUUUUGGAUGAAUUGAAACAUACUACAUCAAACACUGGUUCAGAAACGGCUGAAUGCGUACGAACGGCACCAACUGGAGUACUCAAACAAACAUUGAAAAAGUCCGUCACUUCAUCGGCGGGUGGUCCAGGAAAUCGUAAAGUUUUACUGCGGGAACCAGUUUUAAAAGCUCUACAGACUUGCUUACAUCCACAUUGGAAUGUGAGAAGAAAAUUACUGGCUUCUUGUAAUCCAAAUAUAGCUGCUGCUGGCAAUGAUGGUCCUUUGACUAACAAAGGUAUGUCCGAUUUUCGAGAUUUGAUUGAUGAGUGUCGCAAUCUAUUAUCAGAAGAUGUAGACUUUAGUGGAAGACUCAACCAAAUAAGUUUGAGUAAUCGAAACUCUAAGAAUUUCACCACUAUACAGACACCCAAAAUACAAAGUAAUAAAUUGCGCAACAAUAGAAGACCAAUACUCAAUACGGCCACACUAUCAUCGCCAUCUCCGGAAAUAAUAGAUUUGAAUGAAAAUCAAAUUGAUUCGUACGCCAUGCCAUUGUUACAGCCGCCUCCCCUAUUGGGGUCUAGUAUUAUCAGCACAAGUUUACAGCAACGUAACGUUAGCAAUUUGUCACCAGAGCAUGCUUCUAAUCAUUCUCGUUGCAGCACAACCUGUUCACAACAGGCUGGAAAUUCAGCUGCUGCCGCCUCCUGUGAUGAUGUGACCAUUGAUGAAUUGGCCAGCUAUUUUGAUACCUUCGUGCACAUCCCAAAAAAGAUGUCCUCAAUGGCUGAAAUGAUGUAUAUAUAAGAAAAUAGGAAAAUUUGUAACAAUCACUUUUUACACGAAUCGGUCCAUAAGAAUCUUAAAGCAUUGAGUUGGAAAUAAUUAUAUUGAAAUGAAUUACAAAUUUAUGUUUAAAAAAAUUAUGUGUAACAAAUUGAUGUUUUCAUGGAUGAAUGGAUUUUAUUGUUUAAUAAUAAAUGUGUUAAAAAAUACAAAAA